GCGGCGGCGGCGCAGUGGGUUGGGUGCUCUGCGUCCUCCGCUUCCCCCUCCUCCCCUUCCCCUCAGCCUGUUUGUCUAGGAGUCCGGGCGUGCGGCGCGUCGGCGACGAGCUCUGGGAGAACCCUUUACAAAUUCUUUGCGAAAACCUACUUCUUGUCUGUCAUUUGCUUUCUUUUUCUGAGGAUCAACUCACUAUCCUGAAAGUCUAUCCUCCCAAGAAGAAGGGACAGAAGGAAAGACUUCUUUGUAAGAAAGGCUUGAGUAUCCCAUGAAUGAGACAGCAGAAAACCGGUUGGGGUGCAGCAGGACUCCAGAGCCAGAUAUAAGGCUCAGAAAAGGGCACCAACUUGAUGGUACCAGGAGAGGUAAUAAUGACAACCACCGAGGAGAUUUGGAGUCCGUUUUAGAGGCUUUUGUUCUUUCUUCACAUCAUAAAAAAAGCUCUGAGGAACAUGAGUGCAGUGAUGAAGCUUCUCAGGAAGAUGAGGGGUUUAUGGGCAUGUCCCCCCUCUUACAAGCCCAUCAUGCUAUGGAAAGAAUGGAAGAGUUUGUUUAUAAGGUGUGGGAAGGUCGAUGGCGAGUAAUCCCUCAUGAUGUACUACCAGACUGGCUCAAGGAUAACGACUUCCUUUUACAUGGACACCGGCCUCCUAUGCCUUCUUUCCGGGCCUGUUUUAAGAGCAUUUUCAGAAUACACACAGAGACAGGCAACAUCUGGACACAUCUCUUAGGUUGUGUAUUCUUCCUGUGCCUGGGGAUCUUCUAUAUGUUUCGCCCAAACAUCUCUUUUGUGGCCCCUCUGCAAGAGAAGGUGGUCUUUGGAUUAUUCUUCUUGGGGGCUAUUCUCUGCCUUUCUUUUUCAUGGCUCUUCCACACAGUUUACUGCCACUCAGAAGGGGUCUCUCGAAUCUUCUCUAAACUGGAUUACUCUGGUAUUGCUCUUCUGAUUAUGGGAAGUUUUGUUCCUUGGCUUUAUUACUCUUUCUACUGUAAUCCACAACCUUGCUUCAUCUACUUGAUUGUCAUCUGUGUGCUGGGCAUCGCAGCCAUUAUAGUUUCCCAGUGGGACAUGUUUGCCACCCCUCAGUAUCGAGGAGUAAGAGCAGGAGUGUUUUUGGGCCUAGGCCUGAGUGGAAUCAUUCCUACCUUGCACUAUGUCAUCUCAGAGGGAUUCCUGAAGGCUGCCACCAUAGGACAGAUCGGCUGGUUGAUGCUGAUGGCCAGCCUGUAUAUCACAGGAGCUGCCCUUUAUGCUGCCCGCAUCCCCGAACGUUUCUUUCCUGGCAAGUGUGACAUCUGGUUUCACUCUCAUCAGCUGUUUCACAUCUUUGUGGUUGCUGGCGCUUUUGUUCACUUCCAUGGUGUCUCAAACCUCCAGGAGUUCCGUUUCAUGAUUGGCGGAGGCUGCAGUGAAGAGGAUGCACUGUGAUACCUACCAGUAGCCAGGGACUGUGACCCUGAACCAGGGCCUGCAGCGCCUGCAGGCCUCCCUUUACUGGCCAUUGAUGCCAGUGCCAGAGGAGCCCCGAAACUUUGACAGCCUCAUGGGCUUUGUGAUGCCCCAGAGGCUCCACGUGGUACAUGACUGAGAAGAGAAAAACAAAAAUAAAUCAUACCUCAAAGGAUGGAGUGCAUCAAUUUGGAGAAAAGGAGAAAUGGCCCAAACCCUGACUUAUUCUUGGGAUCUACCAAUUGAGGACUCUGCAAGACCCUUGGCAAACUGGCUUCUGAUCCAUAUCAUAUUUAUUUGUAGAAGAUGGGGAAAUGGUUUACAGGCAGUUUGUUCUUCUCCCAUUCUCUCUCCUUAAAACAAUAAUACAAACCAAUUUAGAUGAACGUUUAUAUCCUAUUAAGGAGUGGGAGUGUGGUUUUAGAUGCUCUUUUGGGAGAACAAAGAAAUUAAUGUAAAUAAGAUUUCUAAUUUACUGUUUCAAUAAGAAUUUAUAUAAAUGUUUAAAACAUAGAGGUAGGGGAGGGAGGGAGAAUUUUUGUAUAGAAUGAAACAUGCAAGUACCACACACUGUUUCAAUUUUGCACAAAGUGACUAUAGGAAGAUCAGGUGAUAGCCUCAGAAUGUAUAAUGCCUUGGUGCACCAAGGUGCCUUCUAAAGGCUGACAUUCCUUGGACCCUGGUGGGGCAGAGAGUACAGCCCCAGCCCAGUGAUCACAUGACCACUCUCGUGCCUGAGAGCCUUUGGGAGACCUGAGGUAGACAGAAGUGGUGUGUGUUUUCUCGGUGGAAGCAGCACGUGACUGGCCAACAGGAUGUGUUAGAUAAAGGUUCUAGGUAAGGUCAUUUGAGAGACUGACUUGUUUCCCAUGCUGAUAGUGAACCUUUCUAAGGAGUAGAGCCAUCUACUUGGGAAAGUCAAUUAUGUUGGCAAAGGGGUAGUGGAGACAGUAGGAGGAGCUCUGGAAAUGUUAGCACAUGGGCUGCUCUGAUGACUUCCUGGCAUCCUGUGCAAUUUUGUGCUGAUUUUUAUCUGAUUGUAGGGAUGUGACAGUUUUCCAUAUCCUUGCUAUGGAGCUCUGGAACACCCUGGAAAUUUCUCUCUAUUAAAAUCACUGCCCUAACUACCUUCUUCCUCCUGGGAAUAAAAAUUGACCUUUCCCUGGCAUCAGUUCUUGGCAUAGAGCCAGCCACUGAAGAGAUUCUGACUUGUCCAGGUGCCUCCUGAGCUCAUUAACAUAGGUUAGGAGAACACUUCCUUUGGAUUAGGAAAGAUGAGUUUCACCUCUGGUACACUGUCUUGCUAAGCCUAGGUGUGACAGACACAUCAGCUCUCCUUGAACAAGAAAGCCAGUACAACUCUUGUAAAGCAGGAUCCAAUACCCACCAUGGAGUUAUCAGCAUUCCCUGAACCCCAUUUUUUAGGGAUAGUAUAGUGGGAAGUUUUAAAAGGAAAUUGUACAUUAUUGCCAGGGAGUCUGGUAAAAUCCUUAAAGCUAUAUCUUUGAAGACCUGCUAGAAGUAAAAAAAGAUGGCUCAUGUCCCAGAGGUGUACUCUGUUAUGGUGUCAGGGAGAGUGGUAGGAGGAGGAUCUGGUUCACAGAAUUCUGAUCUUGGCUCAUAGGCAAACCACCAAAAUAGCGCUUGAGUCUUAGGUUACUUACUAUCAUCUAAGACUUCAAGUGAUUAAAUUACAUCCUGGGGAUUGGGGGUAUUAGAACUAACACUGAGGCCCUAAGUACGGGGGCUGGUAUCCUCAAGUGGGUGUUUGAGAAUAUGGGAAGGGUCUCCUAUUUAAUUCAGUAUAGAGUUUUUUCGAUUAUUUUUCUCCUUUCUCUCCCCUUCCAAUCUCCAGCAAAAGCUGAGAACCAGGAAGAAGGAAUCCACUGUAGAACUUGGGAAGAACUUAAGAGUAUUUUUUUCUGGAUAAGGUCACUGCCCUGGGUGCUAGGUGGACCCAGUAAAAGACUCAGUGGGUGAACUGGUGCAGUGCCUGACAGAAUAAAGAACAGUAUUACUCCCUUUGAGGAAACAGUCCAGCAGGACAGUGGCCAUCUGAAAGGAUGGAUGCUCACUUAGUUUCUUGGAAACAACAGCACAUAUCAGAAGCCAGCAUUGCUCUUUGGUCAUGCACUUUGGGAUACAGGGUCUAAGAUGCAGCCCUGUAACACCACCAACAGAAGUAGCAGUCUCUGGGUCCAGUCACCCCACACCCCAAAGGAGGAGCUGAAUCUGGUUCCACAUAGCACAAACUCUUAGGAAAAAUGAAAACAUCGAUGAUGUGUCAUCCAGUAAAAAUCUCCCUCUUUAGGGUGUGUGUGCGCGCGCG